CACGGCCCCCAGCCCCCCGCGCAGAUCCCAAAUGGCGCAUGCGCAGUGACCAUCUCUCGGCAAGCUAGUCUCAUUACGGCUACACUGGAAAGGAGGAUUCAAACUUCCGGUGGAGUGUCAUGGCGGCAUGGUAGCCUCUGCUCAAAGGGGAAAAAAACCAACCCCCACCGUCCGAUUCGAUAACGGUUUCUGGGCUCUGGCGGCUGGAAAAUCGUGGGGAAAGACAUUAUCACUACCGGGAUCGCACGUAGCCCACCGCGGCUCCCAUCCGGCCGGCCAUGGCGGCGCACAAACCCGUGGAAUGGGUUCAGGCCGUAAUUAAUAGAUUCGACGAGCAGCUUCCAAUCAAAGCGGGACCACAGAACACUCACACCAAAGUCAGCACGGAGCACAACAAAGAAUGCCUGAUCAACAUCUCCAAGUACAAGUUUUCCUUGGUAAUCAGCGGCCUCACCAACAUACUGAAGAAUGUGAACAACAUGCGGAUAUUUGGGGAGGCUGCAGAGAGGAACCUCUACCUCUCUCAGCUCAUCAUCCUGGACACACUGGAGAAGUGCCUGGCUGGGCAACCCAAGGACUGCAUGCGGUUGGACGAGACGAUGCUGGUGAAGCAGCUCCUGCCAGAGAUCUGCCACUUCAUCCACACGUACCGCGACGGCAACCCGCACGCGGCCGAGCUGCGCAGCUCUGCCUCGGGGGUCCUCUUCUCCCUCAGCUGCAACAACUUCAACGCCGUCUUUAGCCGCAUCGCCACCAGGCUGCAGGAGCUCACGGUGUGUUCAGAAGACAACGUGGACGUCCACGACAUCGAACUCAUCCAGUACAUCAAUGUAGACUGCUCCAAGCUCAAAAGACUUCUUCAAGAAACGGUGUUCAAAUUUAAAACGCUGAAGAAACCCGCUCAGCUCAGUGUCAUCAACAGUUUGGAGAAGGCCUUCUGGAACUGGGUGGAGAACUACCCUGACGAGUUCACCAUGCUGUACCAGCGCCCCCAGACAGACAUGGCAGACUGUGCGGAGAAGCUCUUCGACCUGGUGGAUAGCUUCGCAGAGAGUGCCAAGCGCAAGGCUGCGGUUUGGCCCCUCCAGAUCAUCCUCCUCAUCCUCUGUCCCGAGAUCACGCAGAACAUCUCCCGCGAUGUGGUGGAAGAGAGCACGGCCAACAAGAAGCUGUUCUUGGAGAACCUGCGCAAGGCACUGGCGGGUCAUGGUGGCAGCAAACAGCUGACAGAGAGUGCAGCGAUUGCCUGUGUGAAACUCUGCAAGGCCUCCACCUACGUCAACUGGGAGGACCACUCCGUCAUCUUCGUCCUGGUACAGUCCAUCGUGGUUGACCUCAAGGCCCUGCUCUUCAAUCCCGCAAAGCCAUUCUCGCGUGGCGCAGGCAGCCAGAGUGCCGACGUGGACCUUAUGAUCGACUGCUUUGUCUCCUGUUUCCGCAUCAACCCGCACAACAACCAGCACUUUAAGGUCUGUCUCUCCUCUUCAUCUCCACCCACCUUUCAUUUUGUAUUGGUCAACUCCCUGCACAGAAUCAUCACUAAUUCUCCUCUGGACUGGUGGCCCAAGAUCGAUGCUGUGUACUGCUACUCUGGAGAACUGCGGUCCAUGUUCAACGACACGUUGGGCCGGGUCAUGCAGGGCUUUGGGACCCAUGCGCCCCUCCGCAUGACACCGAGCCAGACGUUCAAGGAGAAGAUGACCAGCCUGAAGUUCAAAGAGAAGACCACUGAUCUGGACACUAGGAGCCAUAAGCACCUGUUGCUGGCCAUGGUCAAGCUGAUCCACGCCGACCCAAAGCUCAUGCUGCAUGGCCAGGAGAUUCAGAACAGCACAGUGGACCUCAUUAUGGGCCUCGUUCAGUUGGUGCCCUUGGCCAGCAUGUCUGAGAUCUCCCAGGAGGCCAUGGAGGCCCUGCUCGUCUUGCACCAACCUGAAACCAUAGCGCUGUGGAACCCAGAUGCACCAAUGGAGACCUUUUGGGACAUCAGCUCGCAGGUCCUAUACCUUAUCUGCAAGAAGCUGAUUGGCCAUCAGAUGAUUAACAGCACAGAGAUCCUCAAGUGGCUGCGGGAGAUCCUCAUCUGCAGAAACAAGUUCCUCCUCAAGAACAAGGAUUGUGCUACCUUGGGGAGCGGCAUCCCCAUCUGCCGGCAGGCCCAGACCAAACUAGAAGUGUCCCUUUACAUGUUCCUGUGGAGCCCCGACAUGGAAGCCGUGCUGGUGGCCAUGUCCUGCUUCCGGCACCUGUGCGAGGAGGCCGACAUCCGUUGCAGUGUGGACGAGGUGCCGGUGCAAAACAUCCUGCCCAAUUACAACACCUUCAUGGAGUUUGCCUCUGUUAGUAACAUGAUGUCCACAGGUCGUGCUGCCCUGCAGAAGAGAGUGAUGGCUUUGCUGAGGAGGGCAGAACACCCCACUGCAGGAAAUACUGAGGCCUGGGAGGACACGUACGCCAAAUGGGAGCAGGCCACCAAGUUAAUCCUUAACCACCCGAAAAUCAAGAUCGAGGAUGGCCAGGAGUGGAUCAACAUGACGGGCUUCCUGUGUGCCCUGGGGGGCGUGUGCCUGCAGCAGAGGAGCACGCCCUGCCAGCCCACCUACAGCCCCCCUAUGGGCCCCCUGGCCGAGCGCAAGGGCUCCAUGAUCUCUAUGGGGUCCAGCGAGGGCAACGUGGACACGCCGCUCAGCAAGUUCCUGGACCGCCUGCUGUCGCUGAUGGUGUGCAAUCACGAGAAGGUGGGCCUGCAGAUCCGCACCAACAUCAAGGACCUGGUGGGCCUGGAGCUGAGCCCUGCGCUUUACCCGAUGCUCUUCAACAAGCUCAAGAACAGCAUCAGCCGCUUCUUUGACACGCAGGGCCCGGUUCCCAUCAAUGACACCAACACCCAGUUCGUGGAACAGACCAUCGCAAUCAUGAAGAACCUACUGGACAACCACACAGAGGGCAGCUCUGAGCACUUGGGUCAGGCCAGCAUCGAGACCAUGAUGCUCAACUUGGUCAGGUAUGUGCGUAUUCUUGGCAACAUGGUCCACGCCAUCCAGAUCAAGACCAAGCUUUGCCAGCUGGUGGAAGUGAUGAUGGAGCGUAGGGACGAUCUCUCCUUCUGCCAGGAGAUGAAGUUCAGGAAUAAGAUGGUGGAGUACCUGACGGACUGGGUGAUGGGAACAUCCAAUCAAGCAGCAGACGACGAUGUCAAGUGCCUGACGAGGGACCUGGACCAGGCAAGCAUGGAGGCUGUCGUCUCCCUUCUGGCCGGGUUGCCUCUGCAGCCGGAGGAGGGGGAUGGCGUGGAGCUCAUGGAGGCCAAGUCGCAGCUCUUCCUGAAGUACUUCACCCUGUUCAUGAACCUGCUGAAUGAUUGCAGUGAGGUGGAGGACAACGGGCAGCCGGUGGGUGGGCGUAAGCGGGGCAUGUCCCGCCGCCUGGCGUCACUGCGCCACUGCACCGUGCUGGCCAUGUCCAACCUGCUCAAUGCCAAUGUUGACAGCGGACUCAUGCAUUCCAUUGGCCUGGGCUACCACAAAGAUCUGCAGACCCGAGCCACCUUCAUGGAGGUACUGACCAAGAUCCUGCAGCAGGGCACGGAGUUUGACACUCUGGCCGAGACCGUGCUGGCCGAUCGCUUCGAGAGGCUGGUGGAGCUGGUCACCAUGAUGGGUGACCAGGGAGAGCUCCCCAUCGCUAUGGCGUUGGCCAACGUAGUGCCCUGCUCGCAGUGGGACGAGCUGGCCCGCGUGCUGGUGUCGCUGUUCGACUCCCGGCACCUGCUUUACCAGCUUCUAUGGAACAUGUUCUCCAAGGAGGUUGAGCUGGCCGACUCCAUGCAGACGCUUUUCCGUGGAAAUAGUCUAGCCAGUAAAAUAAUGACCUUCUGCUUUAAGGUUUACGGCGCCACCUAUCUUCAGAAGCUGCUAGAUCCUCUGCUCAGAGGAGUCAUUAACACGCCAGAGUCUCAGCAGAUCAGCUUUGAGGUUGACCCGACCAGGCUAGAAGCAAGCGAGUGUCUGGAGGACAACCAGCGCAACCUGCUGAGGAUCACAGACCGCUUCUUCCUGGCCAUCAUCAGCUCCUCGUCUGAUUUCCCCCCACAGCUGCGCAGUGUGUGUCACUGCCUGUACCAGGCAACUUGCCACUCUCUUCUGAGUAAAGCCACAGUUAAAGAAAAAUUGGAAGGCAUAAAAUCAGUGGUGAGCCUAAGGUUCCCCCAAAACAGUAUUGGAGCGGUAGGCAGUGCCAUGUUCCUUCGCUUCAUCAACCCCGCCAUCGUAUCGCCCUACGAGGCCGGUGUCCUGGAUAAAAAACCCCCACCCAGGAUAGAGCGAGGCCUGAAGCUCAUGUCCAAGAUCCUGCAGAGCAUUGCGAACCACGUCCUGUUCACCAAAGAGGAACACAUGAGACCGUUCAAUGAUUUUGUGAAGAGCAACUUUGAUGCAGCUAGGCGGUUCUUCCUCGACAUCGCCUCCGAUUCACCACCGAGCGACUCUGUCAACCACAGCCUGUCCUUCAUCAGCGAUGGCAACGUGCUGGCCCUGCAUCGGCUCCUAUGGAACAAUCAGGAGAGGAUCGGACAGUACCUCUCCAGCAACAGGGACCACAAGGCGGUGGGCAGACGGCCUUUCGAUAAGAUGGCCACUCUCCUGGCUUACCUGGGCCCCCCUGAGCAUAAGCCCGUGGCAGACACCCACUGGUCCAGCCUGAACCUCACCAGCUCCAAGUUUGAGGAGUUCAUGACCAGGCACCAAGUGCACGAGAAAGAGGAGUUCAAAGCUCUGAAGACGCUCAACAUCUUCUACCAGGCCGGCACGUCCAAGAAUGGAAAUCCUGUGUUCUACUAUGUCGCUCGAAGAUUCAAGACUGGUCAAAUUAAUGGCGACCUGCUCAUCUACCACGUGCUGCUGACGCUGAAGCCUUACUACGCCAAACCGUACGAGAUCGUGGUUGACUUAACCCACGUCGGGCCCAGCAACCGCUUCAAAACCGACUUCCUGUCCAAGUGGUUCGUUGUCUUCCCGGGCUUCGCCUACGAGAAUGUGGCCGCCGUCUACGUCUACAACUGCAACUCAUGGGUGCGAGAGUACACCAAGUACCACGAGCGUCUGCUCACCGGCCUCAAGGGAAGUAAGAAGCUGCUCUUCAUCGACUCGCCGGCGCGACUGGCUGAGCAUGUCGAGCCUGACCAGCAGAAGCUGCCCGCCGCCACCCUGGCCUUGGAGGAAGAUCUCAAGGUGUUCCACAAUGCCCUCAAGCUGGCCCAUAAGGACACAAAGGUCUCCAUUAAGGUGGGUUCUACCGCGGUUCAGGUGACCUCGGCGGAACGCACCCGGGUGCUGGGCCAGUCCGUCUUCCUCAACGACAUCUACUACGCGUCCGAGGUGGAGGAGAUCUGCCUGGUGGAUGAGAACCAGUUCACGCUGACCAUCGCCAACCAGGGCACGCCGCUCACGUUCAUGCACCAGGAGUGCGAGGCCAUCGUCCAGUCGAUCAUCCACAUCCGCACGCGCUGGGAGCUCUCGCAGCCGGACUCUAUCCCUCAGCAUACCAAAAUCCGGCCCAAGGACGUGCCUGGCACCCUGCUCAACAUUGCCCUGCUCAAUCUGGGCAGCUCCGACCCAAGCCUGAGGUCUGCAGCCUACAACCUGCUCUGUGCCCUGACCUGCACCUUCAACUUGAAGAUCGAGGGCCAGCUGCUGGAGACGUCGGGGCUGUGCAUUCCCGCCAACAACACGCUCUUCAUCGUCUCCAUCAGCAAGACGUUGGCGGCUAACGAACCCCACCUCACGUUGGAGUUCCUGGAGGAGUGCAUCUCUGGGUUCAGCAAGUCCAGUAUCGAACUGAAACACCUGUGCCUGGAGUACAUGACACCGUGGCUGCUGAACCUUGUGCGCUUCUGCAAGCACAACGACGACGCCAAGCGACAGCGGGUGACGGCCAUCUUGGACAAGCUCAUCACCAUGACCAUCAACGAGAAGCAGAUGUACCCUUCCAUCCAGGCCAAAAUUUGGGGCAGCCUGGGUCAGAUAACAGACCUCCUGGAUGUGGUGCUAGACAGCUUCAUCAAGACUAGCGCCACUGGAGGCCUGGGUUCCGUCAAGGCCGAGGUGAUGGCCGACACAGCGGUGGCACUGGCAUCCGGCAACGUCAAGCUGGUGUCCAGCAAGGUGAUCAGUCGGAUGUGCAAGAUUAUCGACAAGACGUGCCUGUCGCCGACGCCGACGCUGGUGCAGCACCUGAUGUGGGAUGACAUCGCCAUCCUGGCGCGCUAUAUGCUCAUGCUCUCCUUCCACAACUCGCUGGACGUGGCCACGCACCUGCCCUACCUCUUCCACGUGGUCACCCUGCUGGUGGCCACAGGCCCCCUCUCACUGCGCGCCUCCACCCACGGCCUGGUCAUCAACAUCAUCCACUCGCUCUGCACCUGCUCGCAGCUCAACUUCAGCGAGGAAACCAAGCAGGUUCUGCGCCUGAGUCUGACCGAGUUCUCGCUGCCCAAGUUCUACCUGCUCUUCGGCAUCAGCAAGGUGAAGUCGGCCGCUGUCAUCGCCUUCCGCUCCAGCUACCGCGACCGGUCCUUCUCCCCCGGCUCCUACGAACGGGAGACCUUCGCCUUGUCGUCCCUGGAGACCGUCACCGAGGCCCUGCUGGAGAUCAUGGAGGCCUGUAUGAGGGACAUUCCUUCGUGCAAAUGGCUUGACCAGUGGACGGAGCUUGCACAGAAGUUUGCGUUCCAGUACAACCCGUCGCUGCAGCCACGGGCCCUGGUGGUGUUUGGCUGCAUCAGCAAGCGCGUGUCGCACGGCCAGAUCAAGCAGAUCAUCCGCAUCCUGAGCAAGGCCAGCCCCCUGCUCAGCAUUGACCGCGGCCUGGAGAGCUGUCUGAAGGGGCCGGAUAAUUACAACAGCCAGGUGCUGAUAGAGGCUACAGUCAUAGCACUAACCAAACUGCAGCCUCUUCUCAGUAAGGACUCGCCCAUGCACAAGGCCCUCUUCUGGGUGGCUGUGGCUGUGCUGCAGCUAGAUGAGGUGAACCUGUACUCAGCCGGGACAGCACUGCUGGAGCAGAACCUGCAGACCCUGGACAGCCUGCGGGUCUUCAACGACAAGAGCCCAGAGGAGGUCUUCAUGGAGAUCCGUAAGCCUCUGGAAUGGCACUGCAAACAGAUGGACCAUUUCGUGGGCCUCAACUUCAACUCCAACUUCAACUUUGCACUAGUGGGUCACCUGCUGAAAGGUUACCGGCACCCCUCUCCGACCACAGUGGCGCGGACCGUACGCAUCCUCCACGUGCUGCUGGCCCUAGUGGGAAAGCACCUGAACUGUGACAAGUUUGAGGUGAACAUACAGAGUGUGGCCUACCUGGCAGCUCUGCUCACCGUCUCGGAGGAAGUACGCAGCCGCUGCAGCCUGAAGCACAGGAAGUCGUUGUUGCUUUCAGAGGUUGCCAUGGAGAAUGUUCCCAUGGACACGUACUCGGUGCACCGGAGCGACUCUGCCUGCAGGACCCUCCGGGAGAGCCAGCCAUGGGCAUCUCCAAAGGUCUCGGAACGCUACCUGGCUGCCAGCUACCCCACCAUGGGGCAGAUCAGUCCCCGCACUCGCAAGUCCAUGAGCCUGGACAUGGGGCAGCCUUCGCAGGCGAACACCAAGAAGCUGCUAGGCACGAGGAAGAGCUUCGACCACUUAAUAUCUGACACUAAGGCCCCGAAGCGACCUGAGAUGGAGUCCGGGGUCACCACGCCCCCCAAGAUGAGGCGGGUGGCUGAGAAUGACUACGAAAUAGAGACCCAAAGAAUAGCCAACCCCCAACACCCCCACCUGCGCAAGGUGUCUGUGUCGGAGUCCAACGUGCUGUUGGACGAGGAGGUGCUGACAGACCCCAAGAUCCAGGCGCUGCUUCUCACAGUCCUGGCCACCCUGGUGAAAUACACUACGGACGAGUUUGACCAGCGGAUCCUAUAUGAGUAUCUGGCCGAGGCUAGUGUCGUCUUCCCGAAGGUCUUUCCUGUUGUCCACAACCUCCUAGACUCGAAGAUCAGCACCCUCCUGUCGCUGUGUCAGGACCCCAACCUGCUGAACCCCAUCCACGGCAUUGUGCAGAGCGUGGUGUACCACGAGGAGUCACCCCCCCAGUACCAACCUUCCUACCUGCAGAGCUUUGGUUUCAAUGGACUGUGGAGGUUUGCUGGUCCAUUCUCAAAGCAAACCCAGAUCCCGGACUAUGCGGAGCUGAUCGUGAAGUUCCUGGACGCCCUGAUCGACACCUACCUGCCGGGGGUUGAUGAGGAUACCAGCGAAGAGUCUCUACGGACGCCCACCUCUCCCUACCCGCCGCCCGUCCAGAGCCAGCUCAGCAUCACUGCUAACCUCAACCUCUCCAACUCCAUGACCUCGCUGGCCACCUCCCAGCAUUCCCCGGUUUAUAGACGCUCCCCGACUUUGUCCCAUAUGAGGUCCUCCGAAGUGGUUCAGCCAAGAAUCCCUGCCUCACUGUCUUGCUCUAAGUCAGCCGUUUUCACGUCGCCCCUCGUCAGCCCAGGUAUCGACAAGGAGAACGUGGAGCUCUCCCCCACAACGGGCCACGCCAACAGCGGACGCACGCGCCACGGGUCGGCCAGCCAAGUGCAGAAACAGCGCAGUGCCGGCAGCUUCAAGAGGCCCAGUAUCAAGAAGAUAGUGUGAGGGAGGGGGGGCCGCCACCGGGACUCGGGUCUCAGGCUGUGCUCCCUCCCUCCCUCUCUUUCUCCACUUCUCCUCCUCGUUAGCCACCCCCCCCCCCCCCCCCACUGUUUCGUUUUCUCGUGUUUUAAUAGUACUCGUUUGCCAAGUCAACCAGUUCCGCCUAACGAUCAACAUUUAUACAGUGACCCGCCUGACGUGACAAGAGACUCAUUCGUUCGUCCGUUUGUUUUCUUUUUUUAAAAAAAAAAAAAAAAACUCCGCUCAGUGUUUCAGAAGCAUUUUGCGAAAGACCUUUUUUCGUGGCAGUAGGAUGUAACAAUACACGUAAUGAAAUACACUAGACAGGAUUUUUAAAUUCGCCUUUUAGCUGAAUGAACGCACUGAAAUAUCACAACACUGCAGAUUGUCAAAAUUAGGCAUUACGUUCCUGUCCCCUUUAUUUUAACCUUUUACGUUAUUGAGAAAGUGUUAUCGGAAAAUUGCUCAUGUUGUUUUGCGCACUUUUCCUUCAAAUCGCUUUUUUUCCCCCCUCCCUGGAUUGAAUCUCCGUGUGUUAAAGGACUCGGCUCCUCAGAGUGAAUUGCACUUUUUUUUUUGGUUAGCAGAACGAGCUGAAUCGCUAACGGUUAGGACUGUUCUGAGUAGCCACUGGGAGGAAGAUUGAGGGUGCCUGGGCGGCACAUGAGUCCACGACCCCCCCCCUUUGACAGAGAAUGGGCGGAGCAAGUCCUUUUAUAACACCCCCCCCCCCCCCCCCAGAUAAAGACAACACUGGGGACCAACAGCCAGUCCCUGUCUUGAUGGUUGGAUUGCCCAGCAACAGGAAUAUAUGCUCUAGGCGGGGCCUCAAGAAUGGGAUUGCACCACUCCCACCCCACCCCCCACCCCGCCACCCUUACCAUGGGACUUCCAGAACAACCCCACCGUGCCUCAGCUGCAGAGAUGUGCCGUGAUGCUGAGCGCGUGAAACCUCCGUCUGUAGCCGAAACAUAACCAGUGAGAUACCGCGUUGGCGUACAUUAUGAUGUUUGUGCUGGGUGGGGAGAAGGACAUGUUAAAAUUAUAUAUAUAAAUAUGUAAUCUUGAAAGCUUAUAUAUAACAGUGAAGUCCUGUUCUCACACACAGUUUGGGAUGCUGUUUUAUCCAUUGUGUGCCUUCGUCAGGGUUUCCAGAUGUGUAUAGUUUGUUUACAAAAAAAAAACAAAAAAAAAUUUGAAAAGUAAGAACCAGGUACUAAUUAUAGACUCUUGUGUUAAGUAUGAAUGUAAAUACAGUUAAACAGUAUCUUACAAAUUAUCCAGUAUAUGGCUCACUUCUGCCUGAGAUUAAUUUCCCUGUAUAGCUAAAUAUAAACUGCAAAGGUAGUGAAGUGGUUUAUUUUUUUUUUAACAAAAAAAACAUUAUUUGUAUGAGAAGGAUUGAUAAACACUAGAAAUGCAGCAGCAGAUGUGUAAAUAGCGAGACGCAUUUAUUUUAACGGAUGAGAGUAGCUGGCAGGCCUCGGUGACAUCGCGACUUGGUCAUAGUCUCCACGGUGACGGUGAUGCUAAGUAAUAUGCAAAACAGAUUUGCCAAAAUGCCUCCGAAAUAAUUCAGAAGUUAAGGAACCCUAAGUAUUUCUUGAUUCUCGGUUGGCGACCGCAUUCCGUUGAUGAGCGUUCUGGAACGGCAGGGACUGGCCCUGGGGUCAACCUCACGUACUGAGGAUGCAGCCAUCUUGGCGCCCCCAGAUUUGUUCGAAAAAAGUGCCAAUAGCCUUUGAGACGAGGGGGAAAUGUCAGAGGUGUGGUGAUCAGUUCUGCCUCACGGGGGCAGUGUUGUGGGUGGACGGUGCCAUUGAUAUUUUUAAGGACAACACUACAGGGCCUGGCGCGGGAUGGCCCAACAUAGCAUCUCAAACACACACACACACACACACACACACACACACACAGGCGCGCGCACGUGCUUUUGGGGAAUGGAGCGACCCCCUCAAUGACCAACAGGAGUAGCCCCAGUCACUCUGCACCAAAGACUAGCUUGCACUAGCGAAAGGAAAAUCAAUCCUAUUUAGUGCUGUUGACUGAAAAAUACUAGUUAAACAGUGAUUUUGAUUUUUCUCCCUUCUCCAUUUGUUUGUAUUUGUUUAACCUCCAUAAGUAUAUGUAGCAUACAGUAAGCAUUUGGUUCCCACCCAAACUCUGCUGCUGGCAUCUCAGCGUGGAGCCUGACGUGUGAUUUACUCCCGUCUGUCCAGACUGACUUCUCCUAUAGCUUCCGCUGUGUACAGACAUGUUAUCUUAAACAUUUAAAAAAAAAAAAAAAAAAAAAACAAGGAACAAUUUCCCAGCGCAAAGGGAGCAUUAUGGCGACAUCGUGCGUUGAUUUCCUGACAUGAUGCAUUAACGCCCUGUCAACAUGAUCCUGCCUCGUUAGCCAAGUUGCUUUUCCAUUAUAAAUUUUAACCGGUUUCUUGUUGCCCGGAGUGUGUUGUGUUUACUGAGUAGACUGGAAUUAUCUGGAAGUCCUGAUUAAUGGGGGUGGGGGUGAAGCUAAAUGGGGGGGGGGUAGCUGGGGAGGCAGGAUUUAAAAACUGAUGCUAUUCUGACCAUUCACUGCCUCUUUUCAGAAACAGUCUUAACAAGUAAGCAUUAACUUUUUUAUAUCUUGUUUUUACUGCAUCUGGUUUCUGUGCAAUCCGUUUCACAUCACCCUGUAUAAUGUAAUUUUAUUUGGGGGAGGGGGUGGGUUAAGUGAUCCAUGCACUUAAAUUUCACAAAGUGUUCUGGUUGUAUUUGUCGUGUGCAUUAGAGAUCGGGCGGGGGGGCGAUCAGUGAAAUAAUGUCCAAAGGGCCAAUUUUGUUUACAAAUCUUUUUUGUUUUUACAUACUUGAAUUGUGAGAAUACACAUCUUUUGAAUGCAGUCAGGUAUAAAGGGAAGUCUGUAAUUUUCAAGGAGUGACGGUAAGGGUGUCCACAGCAGUAUAUGAAGUGUUACAGCUCUACAGGUAGUAUUAACAAAAUUCAGAGAACUAUUAUAUAUUUGUAAAUUGACCACCGAACUUUCCUGCUGUUUGGCUUCCGGUCCUGUAUUAUGGUGAGUGACAUCAACUGAUGCAGAGCCAGACCCCAGUGGUCUUGAUGCGCAAACGACCCCCCCAUUGUCUGCAGUGACUCAUCUUUCUGUGUGUCAGUGAGCAGCGGCGAAACUUUAGCCGUAGCAUUGAAGCUUAAAAGCUAGUUUUAUGUCAGGUUUCCACCCUGAGCACCUGAGCUCACCUGCUGAUAGCUCAUCUUUCGCUGUUGAAAUUUGCGGCCGGGCUCCACUGCUGAGGUACAGAAUUAGUGUUUGGGAUGCUGGUGGUUCUGUUUAUGUUCCAUUCUGCUUAUAGCUUGGUUUCGUCAAACCAUCUCAUGUGUAGAACAUGAGCUUAUUUUUCCAUACCAAAUAUGACAUAAAAAAACUACAACCAAGAAUAGUUUGCGAAUUAUCUGCUAUAGGUGACCUGGAACUUGUAUUAUUCACUUGCAGCCAAUGAAUUAAAUCCUCGUUUCUUAAAGGGCCACUACAUCUAGCACAAUGACGUUGUUUAACCACUCUGCUUUUGUAGUGGCUUUUUAUUGGGGUUGAGGGAGGUUUUAAACCCACCGAAUUAAAAGGAUUCGUUGUGUCCGUUGACCUACCUGGUGGGUCACCCCUGCUGCGUUGUGACAAUUUCCUGCUUUGGUUGAAGGAUUGUACUGUAUGAGUUUACCCCCACCACACACACACACACACACACACACACACACACACACACACACACACACACAGAAAACAUCAGGCACUCUUGUAGCCUGUCAUUGCAAGGUUAUCAAGGUGGAUGUUAGGCCAUAGAUCUUUAAUUGCAGUCUGAUGUUUAGUAUGUAUGAUUAAAAUGCCUUUGUUAGUCAUGUCUUAAGGUUAUGCAAAACAAAGUUUUCUCUCUUUUAAGGAUUGGCCACUUUUUUUUAAAAUGCCGUACGUUUCACUUCUGUAAAUAUUUUUUGUGUAAAAUUUGACAAAGGUAUAUUUACUACACUGUAAAUACAUGUGAUGAUAUUGUAUUAUUUUGCUUUUUUGUAAAGCAGUUAGUUGCUGUACAUGUAUAACAUAUAAAUUGAAUUAUCUAGUGUUAGUAUUGAAAACCUUUCUCUCCAUGCUGCCACUGCAUCGUGUCAUUAAAAUAUUGAGAAUAAAAACAAUAAAAACAAA